AUGAAACCUGACUGGCAAAAGGGUCCACAGUUCCUGUUCUCACUGAGCUCAAUAUUAACCACGCAGUCGAUACCACGCACCAUGUUUGUUAAACGUGAUUGGUCCAUUGAGGUAAAAAACAAUGAAACACGUUUGUUCCUGCAGGUCAAUCAUCCCGACCACCUGCGAGACGCUUGCGACCUGGCUCGAGAUGUCAGAAGAAAAGCAAGAAGGACACACCUGCUAUGCACAUGCAUCAGCUACAGUGCUUCAUUUGACUAUGAAGCGAAUUUAUGGUGGCCACUACGGUACUCGAUGGUACUUCUUUCAACAGCCCAUUCCAACUUUCAAAGAAUUAAAAGAUGAAAUGAUCGGCAAGUUUGGGAAAGAAGCCUACAGUAUCACAAAAGCACUGGAUGAAAUGUGCAAGAAUUACCACUUGCGUUACAAGCCAGUUGACGUCAAAGGUGCCAUGGAAGCAGUCGCUUCAAGCCGACCAGUGAUUGCAACAUUUAAGCUUACCCGCAAAGAGUGGGAUAGGUUUAAAGAGUUCUUCAUAACUAACGGCAAAGGUAUUUUGACAAAGAAAGAGAUCGAUAUAACAGCCCGUCCAUCAAAUCCCAAAAGGUUUGGCCACGCAGUAGUAUUAACCAGUUUCAACAGCGAAUAUUUGAGACUGUUGGAUUCCAGGGGAUCCGACUGGGCGGACAACGGCUUCAUUAAAGUGCAGAACGCAGAUGUUCUUGGAUUUCAGUUUUAUGAUGUCUACUGGGAAAUUGAAGAUCUGAACGAAAAAGAAAAGACCUCUUUCAAGGAACUUGGAUCCAAGCGUGCCAAAUGGCUAAUGGAAACUUUGCCGAGUCUUCAGCGAGAUGAUUACACUGUGAAAUGUCCCAUAUGCCGAGUGGAUUCACCUGUCAAGGAUUUCACUGGAAAUUUGCUGCAAGCAAAGUGUCCUAAAUGCAAAAAGGCAUUUGAACUAAAAGAUGUCCCCAAAGGGAACAUUUUGGCUCUCAAUAUAUAUCUUAUUUCCUUAAGCAAAUAACUUUUAAGUCCUUAUGUAUCUCACGCUAAUUCAAGAGUAUUUAGACAUCUUAGCACGAGGAGAGGAUCUCCUCCAUGGCACAAAUAGGUAUAUUCAAGUAACGAAUCAAAAGUAGCCGACAUCUUAGCUGAUUGACGAGGGGUGUCCUAAAGAAAGAAGUUUUAGCACGAACCGAGGAAUCAGGUCUUAACUUCAGAUUUCGCAGAAAUUUAUGAAUAGUUCUUGAAAACUACAAAUAUCAAUAUAGGCUAAAAAGCAUAUGAUUAAGGGUAAUUAGAAAAAGAGGUUAGUUUUUGCAGAAUGAGAUACCCAAGGACGCUUUACCAAAUGAUGAGGACAUCUUGUAAUGAAAACCAUGCUCAAUUUAGUUUCAAUCUAGGUGAAAAUUUCUAUCUUUGAAAUUUUUGCGCAAUGAUUACGUCAAUUCUUGUGUGAAAAAUUCUACAAUUCACCAUUCAAAUAUUACAUUAAAACUUUUCAUUUGUUCUUACACUGUAGGUAUAACUAUGGAAUAUACUAUACACAUGUAGGUAUAACUUUUAUACCGGUUUUAGAUAACGGAAAGGCCGGUUUAGACGUGAGCGGGACAGCCCGAUUCCAAUAAUUUAAAUGAGACUGUUAACUUUUCAAUAAACACGUAAUGUACCGACUUAAGUUUACGAGAGUUGAGUAUUAGGUACUAAAGCUACUCGAAAUAUAAUUCUUAAGAAUUUAGCGAAAUUUCAAAAGCAGUUAACUGAGCCAGAUUCCUAGAAUGUCAAUCUAUACCGGAAUGACAAGUUAAUUGCCUUUUCAUCGUCUCUGUUUGAUAUUCGUCACCAUAGUUACCGCAUGAUUUUGUUUUCUUUUUAAGAGAACAUUGGUGUCAAAUAUCCCAAGGCGAACCUUCGCUGACAUUAUUAGCUACUAGGAGAAGCAAAAUUAGCAAAUCGCUUAUUCGAGCACAAAUGUUGUUGGCCUGGUUUUUCUUUAAGAUUUUCUUUAACCUACUACUAAAACUAAAAGAUAUCUAACUGAACGUAAUUGGAAAGAUAGGUUUCCAAAUUAAGCUGAAACUUAUUUUUUGGAUCCCAUGGCGCGAAUCACAUCGUUGAAGCCCUGAGGGCUGCGUCAUUCCUAGAAAAUAAAUUCAAUUUAGUUAACACAUCAGAAAUAAUUAGCUUUAGGUCCGUCCCCCUGACGCCAACUGUUCCGUUUUUCUUGUUGUUAUGUAAAAGACUAUGAACGCUAUUUUCUUGGCAAGUUUCAUACAAGUACGAGUUUAACUCCCGUAAAGAGUUCCUCACAAUUAUUUUUAUUUCUUGUCUUACUUCGAUUCCUACAGAUCCUCACCAGCGCGAAAAAAAUAACAGUAUUAAAACCAGAAAAGUCAUCUCGAACAUUCUUAAGACUGGAAAAUAUGCUAAUAAGAGAACUGUGCGGGCGCACUCCAAUACGGUUGAAUGAAGUAUAUCUGACAAGCCCAUUGUUGUCAUGUUACAAGCAGUUGGCUUGAGUUUCUUUAUCAGUCAUAGGAACUUACAGAACAUUAGAUAACUUGGAACGAGUAUUCAAAUUGAAAGUGUUUGAGUGCUUCUUCUGUCUCCUGCAGCCCUCUAACGACCAAUCCACGCUGUCAUUGUUUGUUUUCAUAUACAGUCUACCUCUCUGUAAUCUUUCAAAACUCUAAGGUAAGCCAUUAAUUGUUAUUCGCUCAGACGAAGAGCUUUCUUCAGUAACUUACCCCCUUUAUUGACUGUUAUACUACUCUGACUACUAAUUUCUUCCUUCAAACAAAUACAAUUACCCUGAAAGGAUAUGGGGUUAUUGGCUACGUGUUUUAACAUAUAAAACCGAAAUUUGAGUUGGUUUGUUUUGUGUGAAAUGUGGCGUGUAAUGGAAUAGUUCCAUUUAUUCUACGAAACAUUCGCUUUGUAGAAGUCGUCGAGAAAACUCGAAAAUCUCAAGGUGUUAUCGGUCUCACAAGAACUGCUACCGCUUGCUUCCAUAAAGCUAAAUUUAUGUUCUUGGCGAAAACUACAGCAGAAAAUCGAGGGAAAUCAAACACGCUUUGGUCUACUUCCGCCUAAGUUAACCUUACCCUGAAAGCGAAAGCAGAAGUAUAUUUACCUUCAAACAUGACAGAGUCCGACAAAAGGUUAUCAGAAAAACAUCAAACAGCUUGCUAAAGCAAAAAGGAUCAUAAAAACAAGUUCUUCCAGUCGAAAUCUUCGAUAAGUAGCAAAGAAAUCAAACAAAAGUAGAAAUUAUGAAUCUCUUGCUAAGCAUCCACCAAAUUUGCAAUAAUUUCCCUAGAAAUGGACAUACGCACGUUUCGUGCCUUCUACGAAUAAAACAUGUUCCAAAACAACACAUCGACCACUGUUAAUCCAUACGGACCGCUUUCUUCGGUUAGAUUGACAAGAUUACAGUGUGACCACUUUGACUACAUCACUCGGCCGAAAAGCAGCGAAACUGGUCGAAGUCCAUUAUAUGUCGCGUUCUAGUCGAGAUACGGAGUAUUUAGGGAAAUCGAAUACGCUUUAGUGCGCUUCUAUAUUGAUAGAAGUCAAAUUCAAAUGUAGACCUCAAAAGCGAAAGAAUCCUAACUUCUAACGUGCUCUUGUCUGACGAGCGGUUCUUGAACCGCACAACUCAGAUUUCUAGGCCAAAAGGCAUCAGAAAAGGAAAUUAUAGAGUGUAAAUACAUACAAAUUUUGGCAAUAGCGUACUUUGAGAAUCUUCGGCACGACAUCUUUAACACGACCCGAUGAAAAAAGGAUUCAAUCCACUUCCCAAGUCUUUGGAAGGGAGCUGAUAGUAGUAAUACAGGCUAAAACAUAAAUUCAUGCAGACAUAGCUAGUGACUCGCCAAAUGAUUACAUUUCCUCAGCAACCCGACCUCCAGUGCUGAGAAAAACAUCCGCUUUGAAACGCAGGGGAUUGAUUUUUAGCGACAAAAGGCUAGUAUAGAAAACCUCGAGGUGCUAUCGGUCUUACAAGAACUGCUAUUGCUUCCUUUUCAUGAAGUUUGAUUUAUGCUUUGUGUGAAUUUUAUCUUUCCGCAGUUAAAGUAAUGGCCAUUCGUAACAUAUGCCCGCUGGGCCUUCCGAGGAUUUUUUCCAUUUGCAAUUUAAUUAUAUUCCCGGAAAAAAAGGCGAUCAGGUGUUUCAAAUCAUACAUUCUAUGAACCCAGCUAAUUGAAAACCAGGACGAACUAGCAUGACGUCCGCAUGGUCCGCAUGGUUCUGCACAGACUAUGGUUUUGUACAAUGACUAUUAUUAACGUGGAAAAAAGAAAAAUAUUGAUCUACUGUCCCCUAUAAUAGAAUACUAAGCAGACACAGAUCCUGAUAAACAGUUUGUGAAAAAGACAGUGCGCCAGAAUUCGUUAAGUCGCUUAUAUAGUUACAAUUAAAGAAAAAAAAUAUUUCCAAGUUCGAUUCUAAGUAAUCUCAUACUAAAUCUCCGCGGGGUUGGUCAAUAAUCACGUGAUAGUGUAAUCAAUGCGAAAGUUUAGUUCACUGGUAUUUUUGUAAACCAGUAUGUCAAGCAGUUUCUUAUAAUUAUAAUUGCAGACAAAGGAAACAUGCCCGCAUUAAUUGGAAUCCUACUUGAUGUCUCCGGAUCCAUGGAGCGUAGCAUUGGAAGUGGUAUUGAUGAAGAUGGAGAACCGUGGGCUCGUUCGAUCUUUGAGGUCAUUGACAACCUUAUUAAAUACGAUGUUUCCACUGACAACCACGUUUUUGCUGUUGGCUUCGGGGCUAAAGAAGGUGAGAAAAUAUUCGACAUCCUAGGAACCCUUCAACGCAUUCACCUUCAUAACGAAGCUUUCGAAAGAAAUGACGAGCCCGUCACACCCAGCCACUUAAACGAAAUUUUUCAAAUACUGGAGAAGGCCGGUGCCCGUUACAUCCGCAAAUGGGCAGACGUGGAAGUCGCCAGAAAAGUAGUACCGGAUUACACAGCUGAUUUGUUACUAAGAAAAUGCAAGUCUGAUCAGUCAUUUGCACGUAAAUUCGUCAUUGAGUUUCUACCACCAGCUUGCCGCGAUUGGCAUACAGAGGAUAAUCCACUUCUAGGCCUCGUGGAAACAGUGGCUACUUCUGCCGUGACGACGUUUAAAAGGGCUACAACAGAAGACGUCAAAGAUGUAAUUGACAAGGCUGCACCACAUUUGAUGAAGAAAAGUGUAGGAGAAGAUUCCAUUUUCGAUGUGCGCAAAGCCUCAAAUAUUUUACAUGGAUGUUUCGAUAAGGAAGAACUCUCAAAGGAAAGGAGUCGAGAAUUAUUACGAAGAAUCGAGCCCUACAUCUAUGGUGGAACGCCUUUGUAUGAGUCAAUCGAAAGGGCCACAGUACUUAUGAGAACCAAUGAGGUUUCAUGUCAUAAAAAGGUCCUAUUUGUUCUUUCAGACGGAGAGCCUGGAGACGGAGCUAUUGAUGAUUUAGUGAAAAGAAACGAAGCCGUCUCAAAAUUGACGGAUGCCGAGGUGAACGUAGUGGGCUGCUUUGUCACUGACUCCACAACGAUUGAGCCCAGACGACUGUACAGUGAGAUGAAACCUGACUGGCAUGAGGGUGCACAGUUCCUGUUCUCACUGAGCUCAAUAUUAACCACGCAGUCGAUACCACGCACCAUGUUUGUUAACCGUAAAUGGUCCAUUGAUUUUGAAAACAAUGAAACACGUUUGUUCCUGCAGGUCAAUCAUCCUGACCACUUAGGAGACGCUUGCAGCCUCGCUCGAAACGUCGUCUGUUAUCAGGAGGUGUUGUCCAAUUUGCUUGCAGACGUCGACCUCGAUGUGUACAUAAACAAGUCAGUAAGAGAUUAUGAAGCACAAGCAGAGCAAGAAGGACACACCUGCUAUGCACAUGCAUCUGCUACAGUGCUUCAUUUGACUAUGAAGCGAAUUUAUGGUGGCCACUUCCAACAACAGCCCAUUCCAACUUUCAAAGAUUUAAAAGAUGAAAUGAUCGGCAAGUUUAAGGAAGAUGCCUACAGUAUCACAAAAGUACUGGAUGAAAUGUGCAAGAAGUACCUCUUGCGUUACGAGCAAGUUGGCGUCAAAGGUGCCAUGGAAGCAGUCGCUUCAAGCCGACCAGUGAUUGCGACAUUUAAGCUUACCCGCAAAGAGUGGGAUAGGUUUAAAGAGUUCUUCAUAACUAACGGCAAAGGUAUUUUGACAAAGAAAGAGAUCGAUAUAACAGCCCGUCCAUCAAAUCCCCAAAGGUCUGGCCACUCAGUAGUAUUAACCAGUUUCAACAGCGAAUAUUUGCGACUGUUGGAUUCCAGGGGAUCCGACUGGGCAGACAACGGCUUCAUUAAAGUGCAGAACGCAGAUGUUCUUGGAUUUAAGUUUUAUGAUGUUUACUGGGAUAUUGAAGGUCUGAACGGAGAAGAACAGACCUCUUUCAAGGAACUUGAAUCCAAGCGUGCCAAAUGGCUAAUAGAAACUUUGCCGAGUCUUCAGCGAGAUGAUUACACCGUGAGAUGUCCCAGAUGCCAAGUGGAUUCACCGGUCAAGGAUUUCACUGGAAAUUUGCAGGAAGCAAAGUGUCUUAAAUGCAAAAAAGCAUUUAAACUAAAUGAGGUCUCCGAAGGGAACAUUUUGGCUCUCAAUAUAUAUCUUACUUCCUUAAACAAAUAA